UGAUGUUUUUUACAAUUUUUUAUGGAAACUUUAAUUAUACAAAAUGAUAUAUAUCAACCAUAAAAGUUACAACAAAAAAUCCCACAACUGAAUAGGGUCCAAAAUAAUUGCAAGCAAUACAUAAAAGCACGUUGGUCCGACAAUGUAACCUACAACACUGAACAAAACUUUAUUUCCCUUUUGAUAAUUGGGAUAAUUUCUAAACAGAAACAACCAAGAUUCGAACCAAACCGGACAAAAAGAACCUCCCACAAGAAGCUGCUUUGCUCAGUCACCCUAUAAAUACAUCCGCAAAACCAUCUCUCUACAUAACACAAACACAUCAAACUUAAACAAAUUUAAAGUUCUAUUUUCUUGAAUCUUGGCGUGUUCUUGUACCGUCUAAUGGGAGGCAACGGCAGAAAGAAGUUCUCGCUCUUUAGCUUCUUUAAAUCACGAAGGUCUUCUCACAGAGUUGAAGCAGACGCAUGGGACGACGGCGUAUACACAAGAAAGGCAUGGGCCAGCGACGAGGACAAGCGUUAUUGGGUGGCUGAGCCAGGUAUUGACCGUAAAGCCUCUGCCUUCAUCGCCAAGUUCCAUGCCUCUCGUGUCUCUGAGUCUGAGUGCCAAACUCUCCCUCCUUGCCAGUCUCAUCAUAACUAGCCAUCAUAAUCAUGAUGAUGAUGAUGGUGAAUGAAAGAAUGCCAAUAGCUUAUUUAGUUUGGUUCUGUAUAUUCUCUGUUCUUUUAUGUUCAUGAUGGUGUCCUUAUGAUGAUUUGUUUAUAAAAUGCCUUGUAUGCAGUUCAAAGCCAUUCUCUACAAUUAAUAGUAUAAAUGGACUUGACAAUUCCAUAA